AUGGCGGGUGAGUGCCUCCGCUCUGCCGCGCCUUCGCCUUCGCCCUUGCCCGACCGACCUCGGAGGGGAGGCGGCGGCGGCGGGGCCGGGAGACACCGAGGCGAAGGGCCGGCCGGGGAGACCCGGGUUCAGGGGGCGCAGCCCGCCUCUCCGCCUGGCCUCCCUCGCGGGACCAAAGGAGGCGACUCUGGACACCCCGCACACUUGGAGCUCCUGGCAGGAAGAAGGGGGAGAAAUGCAAAGUAUUCUGGGGGAGAGGAGUCAGAAUGUACUGGCGUAGUUUUCAGGAUUUUGGACAAACGUCUUCCUUCUGCUCUGCGUGCAAGUGGAGGACCAUGCCGCUUCGUGAACAGGAGGAUGUGCAGCAAAACCCAAGCAGAGAAUGUGCAGAAGCCAAAACCCCAGGCUUCAGCCUCUUUCAAAGUUCCAGGACACAAGCCCAGUGACUGGGACAAGAAGUUGUUGCUAUGGACGGGCCGUUUCAAGAAAGAAGAGGAUAUACCAGAAACAGUGUCGUUUGAGAUGGUUGACGCAGUGAGGAACAAGAUGCGUGUGAAGAUCAGCUACGUAAUGAUUGCCUUGACAAUCAUGGGCUGCAUACUGAUGGUCAUUCUGGGGAAGCGGGCUGUUGAGAGGCACGAAUCCCUGACGAGCCAGAAUCUGGAGAAAAAAGCUCGCUGGAGAGAGGAGGCCGCUCAGAGUGUCUCUGCCAAACCAUAGUCAAGGGGAA